CUAGCUUCACAUAGGUCCCAGACAGCACUGUGUGCAGUAGCUUUGUUAACAUUUUCUGACCGCUGUGCCUUGACGUUACUGGAGAUAAAAAAAUAUAUAUAUAAAAAAAACACUAUAAUUUCAAUAGUCACUGAGAUUCCUUGAUGUUCACCCAAACCCGUUAUCUUCGUUUAACCCGGACAACAUUAUUUCAGGUGUUACAUUUGAGCAACUUUAUCCAAAAGCAUCUGUCUCUCUACUUCUGUCGGAGACUGUCCUCAUCAUCACACCAGCUUGAGGGACCUUUGGCAGCAAGAAGAAAUUACUCUGGAAACCAUAACAUGCCCAAAAAGGACAAAACGAAUAAAACUGUAGGCCUACAGAAGCCGUCGGAGAAACCUUCACCUUCUGGGCCAGUAGCUCGAAACAAGAACGGAGUGGUGACAAUUUCAGUGCACGCGAAGCCUGGAUCUAAACAGAACGCAAUUACAGAUGUGUCUAUAGAGGCAGUAGGUGUCGCUAUUGCCGCACCGCCAACAGAUGGGGAGGCCAAUGCGGAGCUUGUGCGGUAUCUCUCCAAGGUGCUGGAGUUGAAGAGAAGUGAAGUCGUUUUGGACAAGGGCUCUAGAUCCAGAGAGAAGAUUAUUAAAGUGACUGGGUCACUAACCCCGGAGCAGGUGUUGGACAGGUUAAAGCAAGAGGCUUCUGGAUGACAUGGAGGACAUUGUAUUCCUGGUCCUAUGCACCUUUACAGUAUUGGUUGAUUUUAAGACAUCUAUGGAAAACAGUUCAGAUAAAAUAAGAUUGUAGCUAUGUCUUUGCAUCAGCUGAUACAUUUUUUUUUUUUUACCUUUAUUUAACUAGGCAAGUCAGUUAAGAACAAAUUCUUAUUUUCAAUGACGGCCUAGGAACAGUGGGUUAAGCUGCCUGUUCAGGGGCAGAACGACAGAUUUGUACCUUGUCAGCUCGGGGGUUUGAACUUGCAACCUUCCAACCUUCCGGUUACUAGUCCAACGCUCUAACCACUAGGCUACCCUGCCGCCCCAUACACCAAUAAAUACACAAUAUGUGACAUGCCCUAUAUGGAAGCAUUCUAUAAUUAUUUGAAAUGUGUAGGGGUCUGAAAUGAUUCCCAAAAUGUUGAAAGAACCCUUGUUUACGGAGGCCAUCCUCUCUCUUUUCUCAGAAAUAAUUACCUUAUCAUCUUUUGCACUAUGAUAGUUAAAAUUAAAAAUUAAAAAUAUGAAUCACAAUGAG